AUGUCAAGGAAAUUCGAUUUUAAAGCAUUUGUUGAUCUCUCUGUUUUGGUGGGUACAGGUGUAUCGUUAUGGUAUCUUCUACGACAGUUACGUAAUGACGUACAAGGUGGUCCCAUAGGAAGAUCAAAGGAAUCUAAAGAGAAAGAGAUAACCCAAUGGACAAAACUAACCGAAAGAAAUGCAGAACUCAUAGAUACGGAAUUAAGUGCAUAUGAACAUGCUAUUCUAGCAUCUGUUGUUAUGCCUCAGGAUAUUGAUGUUUCGUUUAGUGAUGUUGGUGGAUUAGAAACUAUAAUUACUGAUUUGCAUGAAAGUGUGAUAUUCCCGUUGACCAUGCCUGAAGUAUAUGCAAACUCACCUUUAUUGAAAGCACCAAGUGGUGUCUUGUUAUACGGCCCUCCAGGAUGUGGUAAAACAAUGCUUGCAAAAGCACUAGCUCAUGAAAGUGGUGCUAAUUUUAUUUCAAUUAGAAUGUCCACCAUUAUGGAUAAAUGGUACGGUGAAUCCAAUAAAAUUGUAGAGGCUAUCUUCACUUUGGCUAAUAAAAUCCAACCAUGUAUUAUAUUCAUCGACGAGAUCGAUUCAUUCUUGAGAGAAAGAAGUCAAAGUGAUCACGAAGUCACUGCGACAGUGAAGGCCGAGUUUAUGACCUUGUGGGAUGGUUUAUUAGGGAAUGGACGUGUGAUGAUUAUUGGAGCUACAAAUCGUCUAAAUGAUAUAGAUAGUGCAUUUCUCAGAAGAAUGCCUAAACGGUUCAUGGUAUCACUACCUAGUCUUGAACAAAGAAGGAAAAUCUUGCAAGUUCUAUUGAAAGAUACAGAAGUAGACAAUGAAUAUUUCGAUAUCAAUGCAAUAGCGAUGAAUACAAAGGGCUUGUCAGGUUCUGAUCUUAAAGAAUUAUGUAGAGAAGCAGUAUUGAAUGCUGCUAAGGAAUACAUAAGGAAAAAGAGAGAAAUAAUAGCAAAUGGAGGAUCUUUAUCCAAAGACGUAGUGAUAAGGCCGUUAAGAUCAACAGAUUUUUCAGUUAUUAAGAAGGAUGCACGUAUGGAAAUCGGUUCACAUGGGUUGGAUUAA